UCACGAUGUGUUUUGUCUUAGGAAGCUACACAAACAAUUCAACAGCUCUGGGUCACUGCGGCUGCGAUAUCGGUAAAAAUCUCUUCAAACCCGGUGUUUGAGCCGUAUACUGCAUGCCCUUGCUCUGAAGGUUAUUCGGAUAUAUCGGGGCCCCGCCCCGUCAAAAUUUCCUCUUCUUUGCGGUUUGCUCCGGGAAUUCAAACAAGUGAGAUAACUGAACAUGGCAUAAAUCGGUUUCACUGGAUCUGCGACCACUGCUAAAGUCGAGAAUGUCUCCAGAAGGUUCUUGAAUUUGUCUGCUUGGUCGAGAUGCGGCAUGCGCGCUGGUGUUCAAGACCGCUUUUCUGGCAUCUCUGGCGUUCAAACAGCGCCGAAAGAGGUAGAGUGGAAUUUUUUUCGACCGCAUUUUCACAACUCAAACAUGACGAUGCGGCAUAGAUAAGAGGACAGAACCUCCAGAUGUAUGGCCUGUCUGUUGAAAUAGGGAUGAAGACAACUGAAGCGUCCUUCCGUCAUUCCAACUGUCUCUGCGGAGUCAGGCUCUGGCUUUGGUCUCUUGACACGUCGACAGCACUACCAGAAGAGGUCAGGUCACUUGCGGAGAAGAUGAAGAGAAGAAAACUGAAGUGAAGUCUCGUCCGUUGGCUGCGCCUUAGCGAGAGCCUACGCCUUCCCUGUUUCGGGGUUCUACUCAUUGCUACCUCUUGAGCGCGCUGUCUCAGUUCAUGCUCCCAGGUCGCGUUUAGCAUCUUCUCAAAUUUGUUCCAGUCGCUAACAUAGACGCUCCAGCUCAGGAUCUGAAAUACGGAAGAAGGCAGUGGGUACGCCGUACCCUUCUUCAGACGCAACUCCACGAUGGCAUUUUUAUCACCGCCUCCCAAUCUUCUGCGUCUUCCGCCCCUUUGACAAAAUCUCUGAGGGUGCCCUCCGGUGUCUUUUUGGUGCACUUUGCAUCUUUGCUCCAGCCACAUUUCUCUACCGGUUCCUGUUCUGCUUUUGUUGUGCACUUUUCCACUUCUUUCUUGUUCUUUCCCGUACCCCUUCCCUUGUUUCCGUCUCAUCUUUGUUUUUCAGCACUCUCUCACUUUUUCUCCACAUAACUUACACCGGUCACUUUCGCCGUGGCACUGCUUGGGUGUUCCUUCAUUCUCCUCUUCGUCUGCCUCUUCUCCUCCUCAGCCUCAGCCAUGCCGUCUCCAGUCUUUCUCAUCUUCCCUACAAAAUGCAAUCUGAGGGGCCUCAUGGAUUUCCACUGUCUCCCGCGCACACGUUGGGCGCUGCCUUCUCCAGGCUCAAGGCGUCCGUUGUCUCUCGCGUCUCAGUCUUCUUACCCUGCGACGGGCUGGGCCCCGCUAGAAAGAAGUAGGUCCUCAACAAGGGCAACAGAAAGCUGCCAGCGGGUGGGAGAACAGGGAGCACGAAGCCGAGUUCUUAGACACUUCCACGCACACCGCAGCGAGUCUGUGUCUUCCUCGACAAACUGUGAUGACUCUCUUUCCUCUUCCGAAGCCAUCCAAAGGAAACUGGGAAACUCUGCGAAGUUGCAGGUACCAAUCGAUUGCCCUGCACUGAAAGAGUCAGAGCGCGAAGGAAACCCGACGGAGGCAACCGGCGGGAGGCAGGGUGCGGCUAGUCUGUCGCCUUCGGAUGUUCUGUUCUUUCUGGAAGUUCAGGAAGAGUGCGGGGAACAGGAAACUGAGGUUGGAGGUGAGGGGGCGACGAAGACGAGGUACACAGGCGAAGUGAACAAAAGCAGGCUGCGCGUGAGGCGAAAACCAGGAGAAUUGUGGCUGCCCACAAGGCCUGAAAAAGAAACACAGCAGGAGACACAAACAGGGCGAGGAGACACGGCUCACCGUGACACCCGAAAAGUGAUUGAGAGGCCCUGUUCAGAGUCGACAGCUCCCUCGGAUUCGUCGCCUCUGUUUUCCUCGCCUUCCUCUUUGUUGCCUUCUACUGCCUCACCCUCACCCCUGCUUUCUCCGUGUCUCUCGUCCUCUUCUGAGGCAUCUUCACCUUCGUCUCCACCCUGGGAUUCCUCCCUUUUCCUGUCUCGACCUCCUCACUCUCCGGCACCUCACCCGUCUCGACGUCCUCACUCUCCGUCACCUCACCCGUCUCCUCACUCUCCUGUCUCUCCUUUCCUCUCAUCUUCCCUGGCAUCGGAGUCUCCUUCUGAAUCAGCCGCUCCUGCUGUCCGGUCGCCUUCUGGUUCUGGGCGUCGCCCAAUGUUGCCUUCGUGUCUCCUUUCUCCUGUGUGUUCCUCGGAUUCUUCUCUCGCUGCGAGCGAGGAGGCUCUGAGUCCGAGAGAGAAGAAAAAGCCUCUUCAGGCGUUGAGGUCACGCCCUCCGUCUUCGUCUCCUCCCUCUACUUCGUGUGUGUUGUCCUCUCUCCUCCCCCCCCCACCUUCGCUCUCGGAGCUUCUGACCCUCGGACCCCGUCUCUCGCCCAUCGGCUCUGUCCUCGAGACCGAUGGAGACACUUGUGGAGUCGGGGAGGGACGCGAAAAGCAAGGAGCGCUUCCGAAGCUAGAUUCACUGCCGCAUGUCGAGAAGGAGACUCCGCGAAGCGGCAGGACUCUGGGCACUCGAAAAGGGCGUCGAGGAAACAUGCCAGAACUCCCCUUUGCCGACGCGGGUGUUCUUGACCACGUAGGCGGCUCUCCCAGUGAAGCCCCCAUCGUUCCUUACAGCGAAAAGGAGGAGCGUUCACUAGGCGCGGAGAAAGGGGAAGACAGCGCACAGAGUAGUGCCUGUGGAGAUGACAGGCUCAGCGAGAGAAGCAGAGAACUUGACCUUCUCAAGAAGGAGAUAGAAACACGCACGCGAAGUCUCCAGCCGCUGUCUCCCUCUUUUCUCCCUUUCGUUCGACUUCUAAUUCUCCUCGUCAAUGAGUUUGACAGAAGAGGUGCAGCCGAAGCUGCCGGCACCGGCUAUCGCGCGUCUGGCGAUUCGCUGGGCGAGGAGCGCACAUCCUCGACGUGGGCAGAAGGCAGGCGGGAGGAGGAAAGAAGAAAUGCAGAGCGAGUGCCCUUGGCGGUCUCCACCCAGGGACCGGUCUCUCUGGGGUUGACGGAAGCCGGAGUGGCGCGAAGUAAUGCGAUGUUUUCGAGUGUGUUGGCAGAAAGCAACGAAGAUGCAUGUCUUCCAUUGUCUAUUCGGCUGCAGAUCCUGCGGAGCUUGGCGGACAGUUCACUUUCUUUCGACUUCCAUAGACCGUGCUUCUCCGACUUCCUUGCGAAAACUCUCUUCGAGUUCUCUCGGGUCCUCUUUCCGCCCUCUGUCGCUUCAACGUCGUUCCCGAGUCUGCGGCCCCUUGGAACGACUUCUCACGAGACCGAAGAAGAGAAAGACAGACUGUUGCUCACGUCUCUGUCGAGUCUGGCGAAGCUUCAGCUGCCAGAACAUUUUCGCCUUGCCUUCCUCCUUUCAUUCCGGUUUCUCAUGGACAGGAAGGAACUCGAAAACCGCGUUCGUCUUUCCCAGGCUGAGCUUUGCACAUGCGCGGCAAUGUGCCACUACGCAGCGCGCUGCCGCGUCUCUUGUGUUGAAGCUCUCGAGGUUUUGCUUGCCCCCGAAAAUCUUUCUCGACUUUCUCCAAGCACUUCGCUCAGCUGGACUCUCGACGGUCUCCUCGCGUUGGUGGACUACGAAGCUCCAGUGCUUCAACUACGUGAACAUCUCCCUGAGUUCUUGCUGGAGGAAGAUUUUGUAUGGCGAGAAGGUGACAACGUUGCGGGGACGGGCGCACCUCAGGCGCAUGCAGGAACCAAUUUCACUCGCUUUCAACAUGCAGGGAGAGAUGGUGCAUCAUGGCUCGUCGCUCUCAAGGCAUUCGUCGCUCUCAGCAAGGCCUCAGAUGCAGAUGUUGCCUUGGCCGAACAGAUGCUGCAUAAUAUUGGAGGCUUUGUGCAGAAGCACCUGAGCAAGAUUCCGACGUCGCUUCUCGCCUCCUGGGAAGCCGCGCUGCGCAGAUUCAUGCGAGCAAAGGAGCAGCAAUCGAUGAAAGACCUUCACCGAGGUUUGCAGGCCGUCCCCUCGGAGACGCUUGGGGUGUUGCUGAAAAGCCGCGCAGCGGAGUCUGAGGGCCAGCGAGAUGAAAAUGGCAAUUCAAAGAGAGACAGAGAAAUCGCCGAUAUCAGUGACAAGGGGGGUCUCGAAUAUGGACAACACCAAGCGGAAACUCAUAGAGAUGAAGGAGGUCUUGACUGUAAAAGUCUGACUGAACUUGAAGAUAGUGCUAUACGGAGAGAAGGGGAGGAAGGAAGAGCAGCUCGAGGAGCCAGCGUAGACGAGGUGCCAGGGGGUCUGACGCUGUCUCCUGGAAAGGCUGACACAGUAAGGGGAGUGUCUCCUUCUCUUGGGUCUUCUCCUUCUCCCUGGAGCGUCGGACCAGAAGCAAACGAGAUCAGCGGGAGACGGAAAAAGAUCUGGAACGACUGGAGGCUGCUAGGAAGCGAAGCGAGUCGCGUGCGGCGCCAAGAGGAGCGCUACCGGCAUGUGCUUGGUCUCCACGAAGAAGUUUUAUCCCAGCUGAAAACGCGCAUGCAGAGGCUGAGGCCAUCGGCCAGAGAGUUGGAUGAUAUUCUCAGCGUCAUGACAGAAGGCCUGCCUGGGACGUACAUACACUCGUUCCCUCACCAGCGACAUCUCACAGCUUCGCUUCGGCGGAUAUGCUGGAACGCAAUCAAAUCUCAAGAUCCAGACAAGAUGACGACGCCCCAGCUCCUACGCGUCCUCCAUGUCGCCUUCCUUCACAGCGUCGCUAAAGACGCGGAUGAAAUGUUGCCCUUCUUGCGUCAACUCGAGGCUGACCUGCGUCCGUCCCUUCUGGAGAGCGGUAACCAACUUCUUCUGUCUCAGGUCUUGUACGUCGCGGCGAAGAUGGAAGACAUUCCAGAAAACAUCAAGUUCCGCUUUUUUCGCUCUGCUGCCCGUCUGCAUUUGACCGUUUUGCGACGAGCGAACAGCGACGCACAGGCCAGAGGAGACGGGGAAAGCCAUAGCGAAUGUGACGACGAAACAGACGCGAAAGACCGCCGGACAACAACCACCGGAAGGACCUGCGAGCCUUAUGCGGUCUACGGACAGCAAAUCGAGUUGCAGACCAUCAUCAAUGUCGCGACUGCGUUUUUGUCUUGUUCAUGGGCAGACCCGGAGGCAUGGCGCCUGCUUUCUGCUUUUUAUGUGGAGCACUCGCAUCCGGACUUCACGGAAAUGCUCGUCGAAAGCGCGUCUCCGUCGUCCCUUUCCUCCGCUGUCGGUCACAUCCGGUGGCACUCCAAGGCGCCUCUCUUGGCUGCAGACGCCCUCCCGCCGUCGCUGUUUUUCUGUGAGCAGCGAGGCUGGCUUUCGCCUUCUCUCGGUCUCCUCGCAUCUGUCGACAAAGUCACUGCAGACCGCAUCCGCCACUCCUGGCUCUUGCGCUGGGUUCGCGCAGGCAUUCUCCUCAUUGCCAACACGAGCCGGUUAUCUGGCCAUGCACAUCCUGCCUUAAUCGUACUCGUUCUUCAAGUCCUCAUGGACAAGCGACCUCGACAGCCUGAAGGAGAGACCAUUUUAAACAUGCUCCCCCACGGCGUUCUCCUCGAUGCCUUAGGAUGCUUUACGCUUCUCGGCUUCCACGUGCAUCAUCCAUCUGCUUUUGACAGUCUGCUUGAAUACAUGACAAAUCUCGGUAGUCCCCUGGUUCUCGUCGAUUCCCUCGCUACUCUCACCGCCUGGACGGUGACAGAUAUCUUGCGUCGUGAGGGUGACGAGGCACUCCGGUGGCGUGUUUCGCGUCUGGCGAGUGACCGGGGGAGCAAUCCACUGUCCCAAGUUCGUCUUGUGUCGAGACAGAAGCUUGAGACGCUCUUUCUGCCGUUCAAACGGUCCUGUGAGGCCUCGGCUCUCGACGUGAGCUCAAAACUGGAAGAGCUAGGGAUAGCCCACGCGCUGUGGCCGUCGGAGGCCGACGGCCUUCCACUUGCUAUCUCUCUCCAAUUGCCUUCUUCUUGCCAACCAUCGUUGUGUUCUUCUCCACCCUUUUCGGAGAGUUCGUUGUCUCUGUUGCCUCAUGAAAAGGAGGCGAAAGUCGGUCUGGUGCUGUGUCCGCCGUCGCUCACAGAACGACGGGACAGACACGCGAGAACGGGGUCAGUACAGUUUUCUGACAGACGUCCCUCAGAGACGUUGAGUGAGUAUCUGACCCGGAAAUUCAACGAAGAUGAAGAUGCGUUUCGGCUCACGACCCGCUUUAUCUUCUUUGAUGUCGGCGACCUACCGGAAGCUCUUCGCCGGAGGGGAUGGACUCGUCUCCUGUUUGUUUGUCUCAGCGAGUGGCACCACAGGGGAUCGCAGGAGCAUAAAGACACGAUUCACGAGAGACAAAGGGAGCUGCUUGUGAAGCUUCUGAUGCUAUGCAGCGAUCCUUUCCGCAGUGUGCACAGGAAAUCUAUUUGUGCGGAGGCGGAAAAUUCGGAGAAAAAGGCGAUGGCGUCUUUUGGAAGCAGUAUUCCUUUAAAAAUUCUUGUGCUGUCGGUCCAAGCCGCUCCCGCCCGACGGAAACAGGAAACAGUCGUCGAGGAAGUAGAGGAAGAGACGCCUACAACGGCCGCGAGAGGAAAAAUGGCAACCAGGAGCAUCGUUAUGGGGAGCACGUCGACGGUGGCAGGAACGUUGGCAGUUGUCGCUGGUUACUUUCUAGGUCGAAGAGCUGACCAGCAAGAGGAAGAGGCGCAGGAGCGACGUCUGAGGUACGCCGGCCGCAGUCUCACUGUAUUAGGAGUCUUGGCUGUUCUUUUUGGUUUAGCCAGUUUAUUCAGAGCCCGUAGGUGCUGUGGCCGUCUCAGGCGUUCGAAAAAGAACAAGAAGAAGACCAGAUGACAGGAAUGUGUCACGUAACUGAAGGGACGUUUUCCUUGCGAGCAGGGACGUCGGGACCCGUGAGAGCGAGGAAAGUCAGCAGAGAAUCAUGGGGUGCGAUCCGUUGCCUGAAACGUGCUCUUCCCCUGAAGGUGUACAGAGCUGGUUUUUUGUUUGAAUUGCGAAAACACACAACCGAGGACAAGAGAUCCCGCCGCUGUCAGCGACCGUCAUUUGAAGACUCUGCGAGACUGUGAGGGUGACGCGACCACGCGGUGUGGAUGGACCAGAUUUGUGUGUACAGUGCACAUGCAUGUGUACGGAUUGUUUGCUGACGAAGCCAAUUUUACGGUAGCCAGUGCUGCUGUAUGUCUCACAGCGGUUUCACACCGUAUUCGUUGACCAUAAAAAUUGUGACACACCACGAUGGCAGUCGAUCCGACGCACACGUGGUGAAGCUCGCCGCGCUGCUGAAGAACUGUGUCGGUGAAUCCUCUCUUGGUGCUAUGAAGUACGCAUGGGCCAUCUCGCUACUACAGAGUUCUAACGUUGUAUGAAGGCGAUGCGCCGAAGAAACGGCUUCUCAUUGUUCUAAACAGCAGAUGCCUGCUUACGUG